AUUUUUCUAGCUUAAUUUAAUUAUGUAUGAUGGCAGUCACUUUGCCUCCACCGGUGAAGCAUCUGGUGUGGAUGAAUCCCUUUGGUUGAUGGGAAGAGCUCAUUACAAUCCUGUAAUAGAGAUCUGUGGCGGGACAGAAAUUGGUGGUGGAUUCAUUGCUGGUUCGUUGUUGCAACCACAAUCUUUAUCUGCUUUUAGCACAGCAGCUAUGGGUUGUAGUCUAUUUAUUCUUGGUGAAGAUGGGUCUCCUAGACCAUUUGAUUCUCCUGGGAUUGGUGAAUUGGCCCUUGGUCCCCUUCUAUUUGGGGCAUCAAGCACAUUGUUGAAUGCUGACCACUAUGGUGUAUACUACAAAGGAAUGCCUGUUUGGAAUGGAAAGGUUCUUAGAAGACAUGGAGAUGUAUUUGAGCGUACUUCUAGAGGUUAUUACCGUGCACAUGGCCGUGCAGAUGACACCAUGAAUCUGGGGGGUAUAAAGGUAAGUUCGGUGGAGAUUGAGAAAGUUUGUAAUGCAGUUGAUGAAAGUAUCCUCGAGACAGCAGCCGUUGGGGUGCCACCACCUGGAGGUGGCCCUGAUAAGUUAGUUAUCGCCGUUGUAUUUAAGGAUUCUAAGGGGUCAAAGGACAAUUUGAAUUCAUUGAAAGUUUCUCUCAACUCAGCUUUGCAGAAGAAAUUGAAUCCUCUAUUCAAGGUUUCACAUAUAGUAGCCCUCCCUUCACUUCCAAGAACAGCAACAAAUAAAGUGAUGAGAAGAGUAUUGAGACAGCAAUUUUCUCAAGUUGGCUCUAGACUGUGACCUAUGU